GUGUUUUUUCCCCUCAUUUUAUUUGCCUUGGUGUAAAGACUGGCUGAACCUCAGACAUCACUGGUAGGUAGCCCUGUGAACUACAUGAUUCGAAAAGAGACGAGAUGUAAUAUUUUUUGAGGUGAGUAAACCCGCGCAUGAUAUAUUUCGGUUUAUCGAGUGGGUAGCCUAUUGCUGUUUUGUUUUUGCCUGAACUAUUCAAUCCAACUUCAGCGAGCAUCUCUAUGGACUGGGGGUGUUGGAGCAGCACAAUUCGUUUCCUUCUUCUCUGUCAUGAACUGGAGAGCAUGCUGAAGUUGCUUUGCAGUCACUUCAGCUGCUUGCCUUCAGUCCCUUCUGUCUGAACGCAGAGGUGGGCACCUUGUCUUUAGUUCAUUCCGCACUGAAAUGCUUCAUGGAUAUACAGCAACACUGGGGACCCUACGAGAGAAAUAAUGUUUUAAACAAGUGGAGUCUGUCAAGAAGAGAUGCAUAGGCUGAAAUCUGAGCCCACUGCGAUUCUGACGUCUGAAUGGGAGCAAUGUCUGUCUAUCAAGAAACCACAUUUACAAACGCUUAAGGUUACUAAAUGGUUUUCUGGGGGAUUUAUAAAAGGCAAAAUGCUGCUUCUAGUUCUUUUGGCCUUUUCCGUAUCGAAUACGUUUUCUGACUUGGAUUCUGACCUCUCAGCGGAGACUUGCAGCGCCUGUUCUUGCAUGUCCAUCGAGAACGUCCUCUAUGUGAACUGUGAGAAAAUAACUGUGUACAGACCUACUCAGCUGCUGCCCCCGGUCUCUAGCCUCUAUCAUUUGAAUUUCCAAAAUAACCUAUUGAUCAUCCUUUACCCCAAUUCCUUUCUCAAUUUCACACACGCAGUCUCUCUUCAACUGGGAAACAACAAAUUACAGAACAUCGAGGGAGGGGCCUUUUAUGGCCUUAGUUCAUUGAAACAGCUGCACUUAAAUAACAAUGAAUUAAAAGUGCUCCGAGCUGACACUUUCUAUGGGAUCGAAAACUUGGAAUACCUCCAGGCUGACUACAAUUUGAUUAAGUAUAUUGAAAAAGGAUCAUUCAACAAAUUGCAUAGGCUGAAAGUUCUCAUCCUAAAUGACAAUCUCGUCCAGAUCCUUCCUGAUAAUAUUUUUCGCUUUGCCUCCCUUACACAUUUGGAUAUAAGAGGAAACAGGAUACAGAAGCUACCAUAUCUUGGAGUUUUGGAACACAUUGGACGUAUAGUGGAAUUGCAGCUCGAUGACAACCCAUGGAAUUGCACUUGUGAUUUGUUACCCUUGAAAGCUUGGUUGGAGAACAUGCCCUAUAACAUUUUUAUUGGGGAGGCUAUAUGUGAAACCCCUAGUGACCUGUAUGGACGCCUGUUGAAAGAAACAAACAAACAGGAACUGUGUCCCAUGGGAACAGGUAGUGACUUUGACGUAAGGAUGCCCCCUUCACAGCCAGAUAAUGGCCAAACAACAACCGACACUGCACCCACUACGAUACCCCCCAUCACAACAAACCCAUCUAAAAUGUAUGGUAACGGGAUUGUUGGUUUACCUGGUUUGAAUAAACAUAUUCCAAUUAUGUCCUAUCAAACAAGAACCCCACCUCUCUCCUGCCCACAGCCUUGCACAUGCAAAGCUCAUCCCUCAGACUUUGGUAUUGGUGUGAGUUGCCAAGAGAGAAGUAUACACAAUCUAGCAGAUCUCAUUCCCAAACCACCAAAUGCCAAGAAGCUACACCUGAGUGGUAAUUAUAUACAAUAUAUCAGUCCAGUUGAUUUCCAAGGCUUUGAGGGUUUAGAUUUAUUACAUCUGGGCAGCAAUCAAAUAGUCACAGUUCAAAAAGGUGUCUUUGCAAAUCUAACCAACCUCCGUAGGCUUUAUCUCAAUGGAAACCAACUAGAGCAGCUGCAUCCUGAGAUGUUCCUUGGGCUCAGUAACCUCCAAUACUUGUACUUGGAAUACAAUGCCAUAAAAGAGGUGUUAGCAGAGACCUUUGACUCCAUGCCAAAUCUGCAGUUGUUGUAUCUGAACAAUAAUGUGCUAAGGAGCCUCCCUGCCUAUAUCUUUGCUAGCGUUUCCUUGGCUAGGCUAAAUCUUAAGAACAACCAUUUCAUGACUCUGCCUGUGAGUGGCGUCCUUGACCAGCUGAGGUCUCUCACUCAGAUUGAUCUGGAAGGCAAUCCAUGGGAAUGCUCCUGUGAUUUAGUGGCUCUGAAACUUUGGCUGGAGAAGCUGAAUGAUGGAGUGGCUGCAAAGGAGAUCAAAUGCGCAUCCCCAGUGCAGUUUUCCAAUAUAGAGUUAAGGCUGCUGAAAAAUGAGAUCCUAUGCCCCAAACUCAUAGCUAGGUCCCCUUUCAUCCUGACCAGUGCUAUUCCGGUGGUGAACUCCUUGUCCCCAGCAGGGGUGGGCAAAGCCCCUCCGGGAGGUCCAGUUCCCCUAUCCAUCAUGAUCCUCAGUAUCCUGGUGGUGCUCAUCCUCACAGUAUUUGUUGCUUUCUGCCUCUUGGUGUUUGUGCUUAGGCGCAAUAAAAAGCCACCCGGACGCCAGGAGGGCAUGGGGAAUCAGGAGUGUGGCUCCAUGCAACUCGCGCUCAGAAGACACAACAAAUCUAGCAAGAAAGAUGACCUGGGAGGGGAGACGUUCAUCCCCCAAACUAUCGAGCAUAUGAGCAAGAGCCACACCUGUUCGAUUAGAGACUCUGAGUCAGGCUUUAGAUUUGCUGACUCACAGAGACAGAAAAUAAUAAUGCGCAACAGCACUGACCAAGACAAGGACUCACUGUCCCCCCUGGACCCCCGAAAUAAGAGACUGAGCACCAUUGAUGAGCUGGAUGAGUUCCUGCCGAGAGAAUCCAACAUGUUCAUUCAAAACUUUUUAGACAGUAAAAGGCUGGAUUUCAACAGUAUAGGGGUGAGUGGGUUUGAGAUCCGUUACCCAGAGAAACCACAUGACAAAAAUAUGAAAAAGUCACUAAUAGGGGGAAAAAACGAGUAUUAUGAACUUAAAGCAAAACUUCAAGGUACACCUGACUACCUUCAAGUUCUGGAGGAACAGACUCAAAUGAGUAAAAUGUAGGCUAUGUAUCCACUCAAUUCCCCCCCCCCCUCCCCCAAUUACAAAAGUGCCUUGUGGAAAACCUUAAUGACCAAUGGAUAAACUGGACAGCUGGCUCCAGUCAGAUAACCAGAUUUCCUGGGAAUCAGUGGCUCUCUUGCAAAUACAGACUUUCCCCCUGAUGUGUUGAUGCCAUUAUAACAUGUAUGAAUAACACAUCAUACCACAAGACAUCCUUAAGAGACAAUUGUAGUAUUUUGCUGCUUCUGAAAUUGGUACUUUUUUUCAACCAAAUCAUUGAGUCACGGAAACAAUGUUGAGUGUUACUCAUAUUGACCCUUCCACAGUGUUUUUGUGGAAAUAUCGAAUCAGUAUUUUAGAUGAAAUAACUAACUAUCAGAAAUUGUGACUUUGCAGUUCUCCUGGGAAUAUAACGUUGUUGGGAUCCCCCCAUUUACAGACACUUACGAUCUGCCUGGAUUAUAACUGAUCACUGCUGGUCGCUUCUGGGGGCCCUGAUGCCUUGUUUUCACUAUGAAAAGGCACUUACAAACCGAAUAGCAGAUAUGGAAUGAUUCUGUUACUUUUUUUGUGUAAAGAGCCAUGUUAAUAGGGUUUGAAUGAAAUGUGGUUCCUCUUGAUAUUUUUGGGUAUGGCACAUGUCUGUAUUUUUUUAAGCCCAAGAAAACAGCUGCUUGCCAUGUAAGCGUACCUGGAUUUAUUUUGUAAGUCUGCAUUAUUUGUAUCUGUGAGACAGUUUGUAAAUUACAACAGAAGACAAAACAACUAUACCGAUUAAAAAAAAUAUAUAAUAAAUAAAAAACACAAAUAUAUGAUUGAUGACCCCUGUCAACUGUCAAUUGGUAGUGCAUUUAACUACAUUAUUUAUUUAUUUUUCAAUGCAGUAUUAUUUAAAGAUUAUUGGUACUAUUUAAAAGUGAAAUGGACAUGUAGAAUACUUGAGCCACAAAAUAUUUAUCAGUCUAAAUCUUUCUGUUUUCUGAGUUUCUUCAAGACCUCUACUGAUGGCCUGAAUGAAAGGGGAAUAGUGAUGAUGUUGCACGAACUGAGGUCUAAUAGUAUUUGAAGUUUAACAAAUUCCUUAUUCUUAUAUACCACAGUAUCUUGUAAAAUGUUUGUUAUUAACAUUAUGCAACCAAAAUAAAUGUACAUUAAAGUGAAACGAUUCUGGAUUGUUUGACUGUGUACCCUGGGAACGGAAUAGAAAGCAGAGAAGGGUAGUGUAUGAGAUGAGUUCAAUUUAACUUUGGAAGACAAUUGUGUUGCUAAGAAUUUGCUUUAUAUAGCUAACUGAUCUGGACAGAAUCACAUCAAACACCAUGUGCAAUAUUAAUAUGCUCAAUCAUAAUAGCUUAAAUCUUUUAUCUCAUUUAUUAGUUCAAGGUUAUAUUGUGGAGACAUUUUAUGUUGUUAUUUCAAAUUAUUUUAUUCACUUUAUUUGACCAAGUCCUUAUUUAAAGUAUUGUUAAGUUAAUGAGUGUUUGAAAUACCAAUGGAUAGAAUGUACCUUCAAAUAUAUAAUAAAUACAAUUUUCUAUCAGACAGCAGAAUACUGUAUAUUGGUUAGUUUUAAAUUGUAUAACCUGUUUAAGUCAAGGUAUUAAAAGCAGCACCUAUUUGCACUGUGUUUUUCUUUUCCUCGAGAAAAUGUAAUCUUGUUUCCUCAGUCGUUUAAGUUGCUUUAUAAAUAAAGCCUUGAAUAUUCAUGA